AUGUCAAGCACUCCACAUUUUUACACUGAAUAUUUAACUACAUUGCACUCGCUACUGUUAUUGCAGGGAUUCAAAAAUCCCCUUAUUUUUGUUCCCCAACUAAAAAAUGUGCAUAAAUGUGAGCUCUCGGAUCACUUAGUCACAGUUGUACAGAAUUGGCAAGAGAUUACAACCACGUAUGAAAAUGCCAAGUGGAUAAUUGCAGGGGAUUCUGCUGGUGCAAGCCUUGCCCUCAGCUUUUUACUUUUCAGAACUGAUCCCGAUUAUAGCAUUUUCAAAAAGGAGGGAGAGAGAAUUGAGGAGACUGAGGACAUUGAACAAAAGUCCCAAACAGUCAACAAGCCAAUACCCCAACCCUUCGGAGCCCUAUUGAUUUCCCCUUUACUAAAAUACAAAGGAAUAUCCAUGAGGAUAUCUGAAGAUACUUGUCCCGACUUUCUGACGACAGAUUUCAUUAACCGGAUCUCGCAACGUUACAUACCGUCCCACCUUCCAGAAUUAGGUGCCAUUCAUAGUCCCGGAUUUUGCAAUAAUCCGAACACUUGGGAAAAAAGCUUUCCCGAAAAAGGGAUCAUCUUGACUUGGGGGGCAGAAGAGCUUUUGCGUGAUGAGAUCGAAGAAUUUGGCAAUACCUUGGCGAUGGCCGGCAGCACCAAGUUGUGGAGAAUGAAAGGCGGAGUCCAUUCAUGGCCUUUCGCUUUCUUCCUAACGGAGGAGGCCCAAGACGAGAAAGAAGAUAGCUGUUUCGUUCUUGCAGGAAUCAUUUCUCGAAUGACAUUAUGGCACACGAGAUAUUAUCUUGAUCCCGAAAAGUCCAAAGAGCCUAUGAAUUUGCUUACAAUUGAUGAUGAUCAUCUAUGA